AUGAGUCGCCCAUACCAUGACGACCACAGCGGUGGCAUUCCGCAAUACUGCCACCCCGACCAACAACAGCAACCACACCAUCACCACCAACCACCUCCGCCUCGACAGCGACCAGCCGGUCACAACUCGAGUCGCAUACCUCAACCCACUUACGCCGCGCAAGAUCGCAGGCGCAACCAGCCGCACAUGAACCCCGCACACUCGACCGCCUCACCUGGUAGAGGGCAGCGACACCACCAGGAACCGUACCACCCCGAACAGUCAGCAUGGGAUGCAUCACAGAAUCUGUACGAAGGAAGUGCUUUCGAAGAGGGUUACGUCCAGCACGAUCAAUGGCCGCUCCCGGCCGAGCCUUCGCCGCAACCUUCACCACGAGACGCACACGCUUCAUCCAAUGUCAACAGCAGUCCGCGGAAACCACCUCGAAGACCUCAACGACCAGACGAGUCACCACUGUCGGAGAAUCGUCGCCCAAGUCGUGAGUCGCCAAGAGGUAUACCUCGGGUUGCAGAGCAGCCACCCCCUAUCGCUCCUCUGCAGCCAUCACAUCAUGGUAGCGGCCAAUGGACGGGAGACGGUUAUGCUUACACGGCGCCCAUGCAUCCUCCCCCGAGCCGACCUCUGCCACCGACUACUGCUGGUGGACAAUCUGGAAUACCUCAAUACGUAACUCCACCCAUACCGCAGCAAGCAGUGUAUGGACAUGCGAACAGACGGCCACCUCUUGGUCCGCCACCUUCAGCGCGUCGCGGUCCUCCCACCUACUACCCACAAGUCGGACCGGUACACCCAAUAGCAGAAGAGACGGACAGCAUGCGCGGCAGCAUCAAGACUGGCAGCGUACGUACAGGUGACCACAACAGCAAGACUUCGUUCGCGAGCAGCAAUGCCAUUCCGAUCGGAAUACCCCAAUUCUACGUCGAUGACCGUGAUGCACGUCCUAGCAUUGGUGGGAAUUCGACCACCGCCGGCGGCCGCCCUUCCACCCCGACAGACUUCAGAGAUGCGGACGAUCAAUUUGUGGAUGAAGAACCUGGCCGUCGACUCGAGAACUCUGGCUUCGCAGAGGAUGAGCCAGUGAGAGAUCAGCACAGCCCGGUCCUGGUGCGACAGGCUAGUAUUGGCAAGAGGAGCAAACCAACCCUAGUGAACCAAAAGAGCGGCGAUCAUAUCCGCAAGACUUCCACCGAUAGUGCAGGAGUCGCAAGCCUGCCAUCUCGGAAGCAAAGCAGAAGAGCGUCGAAAGAGCCUCCACCAGUGAUGAUUGACACGCAGCAUGGAAUCGAUGCUCUAUAUGCCCGGGCAAGCUCAAGAACCAUGCCGGAAGGUCAAGCUGGACCUGGUGCACACGACUCAGACAAAGCGGGUGAUGGCAAUAAGCCUCGCAAUGCCCUCGCGAUCCUCACUGGCGGGAAGCCGAACGAAGAGACGCGUAAAGGUGCGCGUAGUAAUACAUCGGAGGGCGAUUUGAGAUCUGGCACUGGUCUCCUGGACGUCUCCUCCGAUGAAUCCGAGAGCGAUCUCAGAAAGCAGCGUUCUCGAGAACUGCUUGGAGCUGCGCUCACCACUACACUCUUUCCUGAGAAAGAACGAAUACCUUCGCCUCUUGCACCAACUGAGGACCAACGUGUCAAUCAUAUUCUGACCAGCCUGGAGAAAGGCGGUGCAAUCACAUCCGAGGAAGCCGAUGAGCUUAAGAAGCCCAUGGGCGGACUCUCUGAUCGCAGCAACAAGCGACGACCACCUCGACUUGACGUCGAUGCUGUCCGUGACGCCGAAGCGCGCGGCUCACUGACCAGCCUACCUGACCUCAUCAAGCGUGCUACCAAGCUGGCAUCGAAUUUGGAUCGUGGCAAGACUGCCAGUAGACUUGGCAUGGGCCAUUGGCUGGAAGGUGCUCCAGACGCCGAGAAGCGACGAUCUGGAAGCAUUGCCGACAUGCUCAAUGCUUUCCCACCUCCACAAACGUCCACCUCACGAGAGUCGCGCAAUGGCUGGCGCAACUCACGCCUGCGACACUCUGAGCUCCCCAGCGAUAGCGACGCUGGAGGACCGAAGAAGGCCAGACGAAGAUGCUGCGGUAUGCCAUUGUGGGUUUUCAUCCUGGUCAUGAUCCUUCUCUUCCUGCUGGUGGCGGCUGCAGUCGUUGUGCCGGUCAUGUUGUUGGUCUAUGUUCCGAGUCAAAACAAGGACAGCAGCAGCAGCAGCAGCACGGCGAAGCAAUGCGAGCAGGUGACAUGUUACAAUGGCGGUGUCAAUGUCGUCGGCCGCAGCGAUCAGUGUCGGUGCGUGUGCACAAAUGGGUACACUGGGCCACAUUGUUCGGUGAUGUCGGCCCAGGGUUGCACAAGAAUCUCGAUCGGAUCAGACGAGGCCACUGUUGGUGAAGCUGUUCCUCGACUUCUUCGAAGCGCAGCGAGCAACUUCAGCGUUCCGCUUGAUGGGCAAGAAGUGCUUGGCAUGUUCUCGCAAAACAAUCUGGACUGUGCUGCGCAGAAUGCGUUGGUUUCUUUCAAUAGUGCUUCGAGCAAGCGAUUGAUGGUCGACAUCACCGUCGAGCAUGUCAAUAAGCGACAGGAUCCAGCAACCACCAACGGCAUGGUAACCGCAGGUGGCUCAGCCACCGCCACGACCUCACCUUCAGCUACCGCGACUUCUGCUUCGGGAACAAAUGCUAACUCGACUGAUCGCAUAGCUGACGAUACUGCUCUUGACUUCGCUCGCGUCACUGUGCUCUACGUCCUGCAAGAGACUCAGGACUUGGGGAGAGCGGAUGGCGCGCAGAUGGCACUGCAAGAUUACUUCCGUGGCACUGUAGUCGACGGAGACGCUCCAAACGCACACGACAUCUCUCUCGGCGGCGGUAUCAGCUGCAGCGUCGCAGACUACCGCAUCACCCUCAGCAACGGCACCACAGUCGGCGGCGGAAGCGGCAACAGCAGCACCGGCAGCUAA